CCAACUGUCAAAAAUUUCUAGUAGUUCUAAGUACUUACAACCCCGACGGAAAUUGAGAAAAUUUGUUGUUUGUUUAGCAAAAUAAUUUAUACCUGUAUCUUUAUUUGUUUAUUACUUUGAUAAUAUAUAUUUUUAGUGACUAAUUAAAAUGACGUCUGCGUUGUAUCUGGAACAAUACUUGGAUAGUCUGGAACACCUACCAAUAGAGCUUCAACGAAAUUUCACCUUAAUGAGAGAUUUAGACACCAGAGCUCAAAAUGUAAUGAAAAACAUUGAUAAGAUGGCUGAUGAGUAUUUGGCAAAUGUAAAAUUGCUCUCAUCAGACAAGAAGAAAGAAAAAAUCAAUGAAAUUCAAGCUCAGUUUAAUAAAGCUAAAGAAUACGGUGAUGACAAAGUCCAGCUUGCUAUUCAAACCUACGAACUUGUUGAUAAGCAUAUCAGAAGAUUGGAUUCGGAUCUAGCAAGGUUUGAAUCAGAGAUCCAGGACAAAGCGUUAAGCAAUACCCGGAACCAAGAAGAAGCCGAUCCCAAAAAACGAGGUCGAAAGAAGCAAAAAGAAAGGGAGAAGAAGAAGCGUGUUGGUGCUGGGAGUAGUGGUGAAGAAGAUGGAGGCAAAACCGUCAGGAAAAAGGCCAAGAAAGGUGGUGGCAAGAACAGCAGUGGGCCGGCUAAAGGAGCGUCGGCCAGUACCAGUGUGGUGGGGGGUGAGACUGGCCUGGCUGCAGUGUUGCCUGGACUGGCUGGUAUUACACACACGGCUGAUGUGCUUGACAUGCCUGUAGACCCUAACGAGCCGACUUAUUGUCUCUGUCACCAGGUGUCGUACGGAGAGAUGAUUGGCUGCGACAAUCCUGACUGCCCCAUCGAGUGGUUCCACUUCGCUUGUGUCGGUCUCACAACCAAGCCAAAAGGAAAAUGGUUCUGUCCCAAGUGUCUAGCUGACAAGAAGAAGAAAUAAGCCAUCCAACAUGUAAACAUACCUUUGGUAUUAGAAAGGUUAAUAGACAACAAGACAACUAUAAUUGGUUGGUGCCUGUUAAAAUUCAGAUAGGUACCAUGCUAAGCUAACUAUCUAAAUCAAGAUUUUAUGACUUAAAUUGCUAUAUUUGCAAUUUCACAUAUUUUCAAGUAGUUUGACUUUCAUCAAGAGCGUUUUCUUAUGACUGAUUAUUCUUAAUGUGUUUUUAGUACAGUAGAGUCUCGGUUAUCCAACCUUCCAAGGCAAUCAUCUGUCAUGAUGUCAUCUUGAACAUCUGCGAUUACGACACAAUUAUCAAUAUGUCCCACGCUCGCGGUGCGAUCAACACAUCCCGCGGUCAGAGUGCCAGUGUGAAGAUCUUCUGUGAUCUCAGCGCCAUAGUCAACAUGCCUAACAAUCAUGGCACCAUUGUCAACAUGUCUCCCGGUCACGGCGUCAUCUUAAACAACUCCUGCAAUCUAUGUCCCAAUUGUCAACAUAUCCAACGCUUAUGGAGCAAUCGUCAACAUAUUCCACAGUCACAGCACUGUUUUAAUCGUAUGUCUUGUGGUCACGGCGCCAUCUUGAAAAUCUUCUGCGAUCAAGUCACAAUAAAUUGUCAACAUGUCCAAUGCUUGCGGCGCGAUCGUCAACUCAUCCUGCAGUCACAGCGCCAACACGAAUGUGGUAUUUUUCUAACUAAUAAUCGAGACUUAGUGUUUUGACAAAAUCAUCCUUGUAUAUAAUACCGGUACGUGAAGGCGAUUUCUACGACACUACUCCUCCAUUAAUAAUGGACAAACUUUUACAAACGAUGUGUCAAAAUAAAGUAUUUUUUGUGUAGACACCCCCUUUCACCAAUUCCUGAAACAAAAGUCCUCGGGCUUUUCCCCACAGGCCAUCAAAAUCCCAAUGUAUUUCUUAUGAAGAAAAGGGGUGUUUACUUAAACAGAUGGAUAAUUUGUAUUAAUUACAGCUGUUCAUAGUAAACACAUGAUAGAUGGAGUGGAGUGAUUGACUGAUUGAUUACCGUACAUUAUCUUUGAUUUGACUCUUUUAAGUCAUCGGAAAUUAUGACUAUUGGUUUUGAAAUAACGCCUGUAAUACUUUGCAAUUGCUCGAAUUCGAGCAAAAGGUGCACUAGUACCUUAAAAGUGCUAACUCCAAAAUAGAGCACUACCAUCGCCUGUUGUUUAAAGGCUAAUAAAUAAUAUCUUUGGUCAUUUUUAAGAUUGUUUUCCAAAUGUUUUGUUCAAAGCUUAAUACGAGGGGAUCAUCAUCUAAUUGUAUUAGUAGAAAAAUUAGCAAAGUUUACUUGUGUUAAAAGCUGAUUUAUAAGUUAUAGAUCAUUAUUUAUAAGUUACUGAUCAUUUAUAAGUUACUGAUGAUUUAUAAGUUUGUUUUGUAUCUUAAUCAUUUAGUCAAUUUAAUCAUUUUUAAUUUUUAUAAUGAAUUUUUAGAUGAUCUGAAUCAUAUUUGCAUUUUAACCCUUUAUUAAUAAAAUGAAUAGGCCACAGUAGCACCAACAGAGUAACAUAACCGAGCUUAACGCUUUAGGCUCAACAAGAAGACUGGCUCGUUUAUUAAGGUCCAAAUAAUCACAAGUUAUGGUUUAUCACAAUCUAGUAAAAAUAUAAGUUCAAGGUGACUUAACUUGUUAGGUUUAGUUUUAAUGUGAAACUUUAAUUGAUAUUAAUAUCUAGUAUUAGUCGAAAUUUGUAAAUAUUGUACAUAAUAAAACCAAUAUUUAUUUUGUUAUUUUUGUGUGACUUGUCUCAGAACGAUUGACUAAAGAUUCUCUUUACCUGUGUUCCAAGGGGGUUUCUUAACUGCUUCAAUUAAUGAAAGUCCUCACUAAUAUCUUUGACUAUCAAUACAACAGUAUCCAAUAGUCAAUGCUAAUAUUUAAACGUGAAGGUGCUGCAUAGAGGUUUUUGUGAAAGUACUGAGUUAAGGUUUAAAUUAUGGGAAAGACAAUUAAUUUAUUUUACAUAGUAUCUUCAUAAAAUGUUUGUUGACAGUACCUACAACCCUCAAAGACUUGAAUAAACUAGAUGAACUCAGGUCUUUAAAAACCUGAUCAUAUAAAACAUAGUUAUCUGAGGCAAGUAGAUAUUGUUAUUUGUUAUGAAAUAUCACAACAACAGUUCAAAUGAAUGUGUUUUUUACGAGCUCUGUUAAGUGUAAACACUUUUUAUAAGUAAAUAAAUACGUUCAUCUUAA